GUAAACUCUAUUCUUUUGUGAUUAUAUUUUUGCUCAAGAAAAAAAAAAUAAAACUAAUCUUUUUAUUUAUUUUUUAUAUUAAACAAAUUUAGAAAUAGUUACAAAAUUAAAAAAAAACCAUUAAAAUGUUCCUUAAAAGUGAUUGAUCUCGAAAGAAAUACAAAAAAAAAAAACAAAAAAGCCAUAGCCUUGUAGUAGCUUCUUUUUGUGUGUGUAUUUUAUUUUAAUUUUUUAUUUUUAUAGAGUUUAGAAAUUCCAAAAAAAGCCAAUACUAAAAAACAAAAUCAAAAUAAUAUAAAUAAAAAAAAAAAAAACAAUGGAACCCAACGAUGAGGUUGUCGAACGCCAAAAACUCGUCCCCAACGACAUCGAAACCGAAGAGGAACCAAACAGCCAAGUGACCACAGCCCCGCAGAGUGCCCCCAAGUCGUCCGCCCCAACUCCAGCAUCUCCAGUCACAAUUCCAAAGGUUAAUAUUAAAAGCACUUCCAGUGGCGACACAACACGAAGUCGUAAUUCAGCUUCAUGUUCAAUUGAACGAACGACUUCGGAUAAAAAUACUUCAUCGGCCAAAGUGACGUAUGUGAAUGAGCGUCGACAAAAGUCGGCUCAAGAUGAAUCUAGAUUUGAAUUUAAAUCACGUCCAAGAAAAUUACUGAAAGAAAUUGGUGACAACGACGCUAGCGGUAGUAGUGUUGUAAUAGCUCCUCCGGCCCUUAACAAUAGCGACAAAUUUGAUGAUCGGCCAAUUAAGCAUCAUUCUUUUGUCUCAGAAGUUCCGGACGUGAAACACAUGGAACGUGCAUUGCUAGGUCUAUUGGAUGACUUCCAUACGGGGAAGUUGAAAGCGUUUGGUUCCGGUUGUACAAUGGAUCAGAUGACAAAAAUCCGCGAACAACAAGAAAGUCUGGCCAAGUUGCAUUUCGAAUUGGCAGCUGCCGAAGAAGAUUCUCUAGAUAGUGGCACCGAUUUAAAUGCAGCCAAAGCGCAAGAGAAUAUGCUGCAAUUGGUGCAACGAUUGGAACAGUUGUCGAUAUCAAUAGAGCAAUUACAAACCAGCCAUACGGGCCUUUGAGAGAGUCUUGGGGGAUCUCGGCGGUCGCGUCGGGACAAAUGUAAAACCAUAGUCGUGGGUGUUUUUAGUGUAGUUUCAUUCGAGUGCGCGCGUUGAAAUACAUAAUAUAUGAUAUAUUUUUUUUUAUAUAUAUAUUUUAAUAACAAAAUUGUUUCAUAGAGAGUUGAUGCAGAUUUUUUUUGAUCCAUUUCCAUUUUGUGUGAAAUAAGUUCUUUAUUUUUUGUUUUUCAUGACAAUUUGAUGACUCUGAGACUAAUUUUUCCGAGUUGGUUGUUUAUAUAUAUUUUUUUUUUUAAAUAAUGUAUUUUUAUUUGACAUUUUUUCUAUACAUACUAUAUUCUAUAAAAUGAUAAAAAUGAUAUGAAGAUAAUCUACUAUUUCCACUUCGUUAAUUUUUUACAAAAAAAAACAUAAAAAAAUCCAAUCCGAAACAAACGUGUGUUGAAGAUAAAAAAAAAAAUAAACAAAUAAAAACUGUUUGAAUAAUGAACGUUGUGUGAAAUAUUUCUAGAACCGUGAUUCCUUUCCUACUUAUUAAGUUGAUACUCAUUUUUUGUUUAUUUUAAAUGAAAUAUAAAUAAACUUUUUAGUUUUAUGUAAAAAUGAAGAAAAAAAAAAUGAGUAACUUAAUGAGUAUGAAAGAGUUUACAACGGUUUAUGUAAUAUAUAUAAGCGUUAUAGGUAUAUUUAUACAUUAUAUUAUUAAUAUUAUUAUUUUAUAUUAUUUGUUUCGCCUUUAAAAAAAAUUGAUAUAAUCG